AUGAUGGGGGCAUCAGACGAUGAGCCGCGAUCAAUUCAGACAGACAGUCUGGCUGAAAUCGACAUUAGCGAAAUUCGUAAAUGCGGCGAGAAAGCUGACGCAAGGCAGUUCGAACUACUUAAAGUACUCGGUCAAGGUUCAUUCGGAAAAGUUUUUCUUGUGCGAAAAAUUCGCGGCCGUGAUACGGGACAGAUUUAUGCGAUGAAAGUAUUGAAGAAAGCUACAUUAAAAGUUCGUGACCGUCUACGCACGAAGAUGGAGCGCAAUAUUCUUGCACAUAUCUCUCAUCCAUUUAUCGUCAAACUUCAUUAUGCCUUUCAAACAGAAGGGAAAUUGUACUUGAUACUGGAUUUCUUGCGAGGAGGAGAUCUUUUCACAAGGUUAUCAAAAGAGGUGAUGUUCACAGAAGAAGAUGUGAAAUUUUAUCUAGCUGAAUUAACAUUGGCUCUAGAGCAUCUGCAUUCAUUGGGAAUCGUCUAUCGGGACUUGAAACCUGAAAAUAUCUUGCUGGAUGCUGACGGUCACAUUAAAGUCACCGAUUUUGGUCUUAGUAAGGAGUCGAUUGAUAGUGAAAAGAAGACGUACAGUUUUUGUGGGACCAUCGAAUAUAUGGCUCCUGAAGUUAUAAAUCGACGCGGACAUUCUUGUGCUGCUGAUUUUUGGUCGCUUGGAGUUCUAAUGUUUGAAAUGCUCACUGGACAUCUACCAUUUCAAGGUCGUGAUCGAAAGGAUACGAUGACACAAAUUUUAAAGGCAAAACUUACAAUGCCGCAUUUUUUGUCACCGGAUGCUCAAUCACUACUUCGAGCACUCUUCAAACGAAAUGCGGCUAAUCGACUCGGAGCCGGUCCAGAUGGCAGCAUGGAGAUCAAGCGUCAUUCCUUCUUUACAUCAGUCAAUUUCGAUCGAUUAUUACGAAAGGAAAUCUCACCACCGUUCAAACCAGCUGUGACCACAAUCGAUAGCACAUUGUACUUUGAUCCUGAGUUCACAAAACGUACACCGAAAGCUGUAAUCAAGACGUUGAAGCGAAGCACUUUCAAACCUCCAACUGCCAUGACUAGUCAGUAA